AUGGACUCGUCUACGUCACGAACCUCAAACGAUUCGUCGAUGGCGUUAAGAAAUUGGGAAUUGGCAAAUGAUGUGCAAUUAUGUGAAACCAUUUAUCAAUACAAUGCCGAGGAACAGCAGUUGAUUAGAGCCGUAAGACCAUGGGAGAAGGAUCCACAUUACUUUAAGGAAGUAAAAAUCUCGACGUUGGCGCUACUGAAGAUGGUGAUGCAUGCACGGAGUGGUGGUAAUCUGGAGAUAAUGGGACUGCUUCAAGGCAAAGUCGACGUGAAUACACUGAUCGUCAUGGACAGUUUCGCGUUACCGGUUGAGGGAACUGAAACACGUGUGAAUGCUCAGGCUCAGGCUUAUGAAUAUAUGAGUACCUAUAGUGAGAGUUGUGAGGCAAUCGGCAGGUUAGAUAAGGUGGUUGGAUGGUACCACAGUCAUCCGGGUUACGGUUGCUGGUUGAGUGGAAUUGAUGUAUCGACGCAAGCGUUGAAUCAGCAAUUUCAAGAGCCUUUUGUAGCUAUUGUUAUAGAUCCAAUCAGAACAAUGUCUGCGGGUAAGGUGGAUCUAGGUGCCUUUCGAACCUAUCCAAAAGGCUAUAAACCAGCUGAUGACGAACCAUCAGAAUAUCAGUCGAUACCGUUCAAUAAAAUCGAAGAUUUUGGAGUGCAUUGCAAACAGUACUAUUCUCUGGAUGUGAGUUACUUCAAAUCGUCGCUGGAUGCCAGAUUGCUGGACUUAUUGUGGAAUACGUAUUGGGUUAGCACAUUGUCAAGUACGCCCUUACUCAGCAACGCUUCGUAUAUUAAUUCACAAUUGUGUGAUUUAGCUCAUAAGUUGCAAUCCAUCAGUGGAAAAGGGCGUUCAAUUCAAUCCGAGCAGUGCUUUGAUGCAAUUUCAACUGAACGAUUGACCAAAGCUGUGAAAGAUGCAAAAAAGUUGAGUUCUGAGGUGACACAUGGGCUGAUAGCUCAAAUGAUCAAGAGUAUGUUGUUCAAUCGAGACAUCGCUCAAACAGACGUGAUACCUUCAUCGCAACAUUGA